AUGGCUUGAGAUCUUGACAUGAAAAUUUAAAUCCUGCUGGAAAUUGUGACAUUUAACAGACAUAUAGCACGGAAUACUUAUACUUAUUGGUUUAAAAUGGCUUCAAAGCACACAAAGUCCUUCAAAGACUCAAUGUCAAUGGCAUCUGAUUUGAUACAUGACUUUGUCUGCUCUCCGUGUCAAGAAGACAAGCUGAAUACUGAGGCCAAGUAUUUCUGUGGGGACUGCUCAAAAUACUAUUGUGACAAGUGCCUGACUUUUCACUCCAAAAUCCACAAACAGCACACUGUGUUGGGCCGUAAGGAUGUGGACAAGUGGCUGGGGCAGGGCGACGCCCUCAUUUCAUGUGACCUUCACCCACAAGAGGUCAUUAAACUUCUAUGUGAGGAUCAUGCUGAGAUGUGCUGCCACCUCUGUGUGUCCUUGAAUCACAGUGACCUUCACCCACAAGAGGCCAUUAAACUUCUAUGUGAGGAUCAUGCUGAGAUGUGCUGCCACCUCUGUGUGUCCUUGAAUCACAGGAUGUGCAGAAGCAUUAGCUUGAUCUCAGACCUGGCUAAGGGUAUAUACAAGAAGGCCGAUUACAUGCAGCUACCAUGCAAGGUUGCUAAGGUAACAACUAGUCUUAACCAGGUCAAAGAGGUCAGAAAGAAGAACCAAGGCUCCUUGAAGACAUCUUGCAAGUCAAUGCUAACAAAGAUCACAGACCUAAGGAAGUCACUGAACCAGCUGCUAGAUGAGCUGGAAAAGAAGACAGUGGACCAGAUGGACAGUGUCCUGGCCGACCUGGAUAACACACUACAGAAGGACAUUGAUUCCUGCACAAGCAUUCAUGACCGGCUCAAGGCCUUGCUGGACACCAUCCAAGCCCAGGGCAAGGACGAUGAGUCAAGCUCCUACAUUGGCUUCAGGAAGUGUGAAGAGAAGAUGGCAGAAGCCAACAACCUGCACCAGGAGAUGUCCACAAAACCUGAACUGACUGUCACUUUCCAGUCAGAUACCAGGGUUACACAACUGCUGUGUGAUAUAAAAACAUUAGGCAAGAUCCUGGGGAAUCCCGAAACACCGACUGGCCAUCAACUGUCUGGACAGUUUAGGCCAUUGUCUGAUAGAUCAAGGGUUAUCACAGUUAAAAACAAAUCUACCUUCAAUGUGGACAUCAAACAAGAUACAGAUAUCUGUAAUAUUAUGGGUAUAACAGAACUUCCAUCAGGAGAGGUUAUUCUUGUAGAUAACAGCAAUAGCAGAGUGAAGGUAUUGAACAGGGAGUAUAAGGUAAUAGCCCAGUGUGAUGUUCCUCCAAAGCCCAAGGACAUCUGUCAAGUGACUGGAAAUCAGGUGGCUGUAGCAGUAAACCGUGUUGGUCCUGUCAGGCAUGAGGUCCACUUUCUCACUGUGUCAGCUGGCACAAUCAAGAUGACCAGGAUGUUCUCAGUUGACCAUGACUGUUCGUCCAUCAGGUACCAUGGGGACCAGCUGUAUGUGGGCUCCAAGACAAGCAUACACCUCUGCACCGCAGAUGGCAAGCAAGUCAAGAAAAUGUAUGAAAACACAUCAGGAGGGCAGACAGUGGCUCAUUUUGCUUUAAACCAAGAUGGCAAGAGGAUAUACAUCUGUAACUGGACCAAUAAAAAAAUCAUUACAAUUGACAUCAAUGGCAGCAUUCUAGCCACACUGCAGGAUCCAGACAUUGGAGGGCCAUGUGGUGUACAUGCGAGCGAGGUUGGACAUGUGUUUGUGUGUUCAUGGCGUUCCAACACAGUGGUGCAGAUUGACCAGGAAGGCAGGAAGAAGCUGGCCACACUGGUCGGGAGGAGAGAUGGAAUCAACUAUCCAAGGGCAGUUUGGUACAGCACCCACACUGGCAGACUGAUUGUCGGUGGAUUACAAGAUGACAUUCUGGUGAUGGAACUCCAGUAA